AUGGCACCCAAGGAAGAUAAAGAAUCCGACAAUAGCGGAAAUGGCGGUCUCUUCAAUACCCUAGGACUCAAAGGCGGCGAGGGCCACCAAGAUGUCCAAGAGGGUUUGAUGGCUGACAACGCUGACAAUCUCCAGCGCCACCUGGGUAAUCGUCAAAUUCAACUGAUAGCUAUUGGUGGUUCCAUUGGAACCGCUCUUUUCGUCAGCAUCGGAACGGGUCUAUACCACGGCGGACCGGGUAGUUUAUUUAUCGCUUUUAGUUUGCAAUGUUUCAUUCUGGCCAUGGUCAAUAACUGUCUGGCUGAGAUGACCACGGCUUUCCCUGUUAGUGGUGGUUUCAUUCGACUGGCUGGAAAAUGGGUGGACGACGCCCUUGGAUUUAUGGUUGGAUGGAACUUCUUCUUUUAUGAGGCCCUGUUGAUUCCAUUCGAGAUCUCGGCUUUUACCCUUGUCCUCUCGUUCUGGUCUGAUAAGGUCACUGAGCCUGGUCCCGUUGCAGGCAUUUGCUUGGGAGUGUGUAUUAUAUAUGGUACUCUCAACAUGUUAGCAGUCAAAGCAUACGGCGAAGCAGAGUUCUGGCUCUCCGGUGGCAAGAUCAUUCUGAUCUUUGCACUGUUCUUCUUCACUUUCAUCACAAUGGUUGGAGGCAACCCAGCCCACGAUGCAUACGGUUUCCGUUACUGGAACAACCCUGGCUCUUUCAUGGAGUACCUGGAUACCGGGGCACUCGGUCGCUUUGAAGGUUUCCUAGGAUCUCUCUGGUCAGCCAGUUUCGCCGUCGUCGGGCCCGAGUACAUCUCUAUGGUUUCCGCCGAAGCCAAACGCCCCCGCAUCUAUAUCAAGGCUGCCUUUAAAACCGUAUACGUUCGAUUCGGUCUGUUCUUCAUGGGUGGUGCCCUCGCUGUCGGUAUCGUGUGUUCCUCCAGAGACCCGUCUCUGGCCGAUGUCGUUGCCGGAAACGCCUCUGGUUCAACAGCUGCAGCCUCACCAUAUGUUAUCGGAAUGACUAACCUCGGCAUUAACAUUUUCCCUUCGAUCAUCAAUGCUCUAUUGUGUACCUCUAUCUUCUCUGCGGGCAACACCUAUACUUACUGUGCUAUCCGUACGCUUUACGGAUUGGCCCUGGAAGGCCGAGCCCCCAAGGUUCUGACCUACACGACCAAGAAUGGUGUCCCGAUCUACUGCUUCUGCAUUGUCAUGAUCUUCCCCAUUCUUUCCUUCCUGCAGUGCUCCAACAACUCUUCCGUUGUCAUCACUUGGUUCUCUAGUCUCGUCACCGCCGGAGGACUUAUCAACUACAUCACCAUCAGCAUAACAUUCAUUUGCUAUCACCGAGCCUGCAAGGUCCAAGGCGUAGACCGACGCCAAUUCGCAUACUUCGGAUAUUUCCAGCCCUACUGCGCCUACAUCGCUUUAGUCUGGAUGUUCCUCAUCACCAUAUUCUACGGAUACCCCGUCUUCAAGCCCUGGUCGCUCCAGGACUUCUGGGCCAACUAUACGAUGCAAAUCGUUAUUCCCUGCCUUUUUAUUAUCUGGAAGAUCUUCAAGAGAACUCGAUUUGUCCGAUCGAGCGAAGUGGAUCUGGUUUGGGAGCGACCGUUGAUCGAUGCGUAUGAGGCUAGCUUCUUAGAUCCACCUGUUGGAUUCUGGAGAGAAAUCGGGCAGAUGCUCGGAUAUAAACGCAUCAAGGGUGGCAAUGACAAGCGUCGACAGUCAGUGGCACCUCCCCACUCUAGUGGGGCUGAAGGUACAGAGGAAGGAGUCAAAGUCUAG